GCUCCCUGACACAGGGACCGGACCCACUCUGCCCUGCCAGAGGCAGACAUGGUGCCCCUGCUGCUGCUGCCCCUGCUGUGGGGGAGGUCGCUGCAGCAGCCGCCAGGCUAUGAGCUCCAAGUGCAGGAAUCGGUGACAGUCCAGGAGGGUCUGUGUGUCCACGUGCCCUGCUCCUUCUACCCGUGGAGUUCGUGGUCUUCCUCUACCAAAGUCUACACCUACUGGUACCGGUACAGGGACAACAGAAACCAUCCUGUGGCCUCGAGCAACCCAGAUAUACCAGGGAAGAUGGAGACCCAAGGCCGCUUCCUCCUCACAGACCCCACGACCAACAACUGUUCCCUGCAAAUCAGAGACGCCAGGAGGAGUGACACAGGACGCUACUACCUCCGAGUGGAGAUAGGAAAUUCUGUGAGAUAUAGUUACUUAGAUAAGAUGCUGAAUUUGCAGGUGACAGCCCUGACAGAGAAACCCCACAUCUGGAUGAGGGAGCCUCUGGAGUCCGGCUGCCCCACAGAGCUGGCCUGCAGCCUGCCAGGGUCCUGUGAAGGGGGACGACCUCUCACCUUCUCCUGGGCUGGAGCUGCUGUGGAUUUGCUGGACCCCCAGACCCUCGGCUCCUUGGCACUCACCUUCACCCCGAGACCCCAGGACCAUGGCACCAACCUCACCUGUCAGGUCCAAGUCCAAGGAUCUUUGGUGGCCAUGCAGAGAACCGUUAGGCUCAAUGUUUCCUACAACCCGCACUCCAGCAGAUGUGUGACCCAGGAGCCGCAGGGCUCCUGGCCCCUGGUCUUCACCCUGAUCAGAGGGGCCCUCAUGGGGGCUGGCUUCCUCCUCACCUACGUCCUCACCUGGCUCUACUACACCAGGAUGGGACUGAGGUGCGGACACCAGGCUAGAGGGACCGUCCUGGGACAUCAAUGGCACCUUCUCCCUGGAAGCUCUUGACUCACCUGCCUCAAAUGUGCCCCUGGGGUUUCAGUGUGUGGAAGUGAUUGAGUGACGCCAAGGGGAGUCAGUGCCAUGGAGAGAAGACUUUUACUCCUUUCACCUCCUGAGAGGAGGGGCCGCUGUGCCCGGGAAACCCUGGAUUUCCUCAGAAAGCAGAUGCAGGUGCAGGGCCGCCUAGCGAAGGCCUUGAUUGGGGUCCCAUGGGAAACGCAAGGCAGGGCAGGGUGAGCAGUUGAGGACCAGCUGGUGUGUGUCAGUCUGGGGGAUGGGCCUGUGGGCGUGGUCUCUGUGUGUCUGGUCCCAGGUCCUGGGUGAUUUGGGGCAGGUGGGGAGGCUGGGAAUAUGGGCUCAGGACGGGUUGGUUUGCAUCUGAAGUUCUUUACUGUCUCUGAGAAUGGGCCGCCCUGGGAGGCCCUGUGUCUCCUUGGCUUUCAAUCCAUUUAAUGGCUCAAAACAUCCUAAGAUACAGAAAUAAACAAUAAUACACACCCACUGAUGGCCCCUUGUUACUGCCUGUGCUUCUCCCAUUUGGCUUGUUCCCCUCCCCUCUUUCUUUCUCUGUUUGUUCUGCCCACUC